AUGGAAUCCCUCCGCUUGACUAUACCUCAUUCGAUUCCGAGCUUGCUCAUUCACUCAAUAUUCUCGGAGUGCCGGGACAAGAAGUACCCUCUGCCUCACUUCGAAUUGGUCUCUGAUCGACGAGGGGGCCGGACAGCUUGGUCGAGCAGGGUCAUGGUCAAAGGCCAAGUGUUCCAGGCUCGGUUUUGGUACGAUGGAAAGAAUCUGAACAACGCCAAGGAAGAUGCGGCCCAGCUCGCCCUCGCCUAUGUGAAGAGCAGUCCCGCGUCUCCCUGGAGUUAA